CAGCGGCCGAGGCAGCCAUGGUCUUCUCAAAGUGCUCCAUCUCCUCAGUGGUGAGCACAGCUAGUCUACGUACCUCUGGAUCUGGGCCUAUUCAUACAAGCCCCGGACGCCUAACAACACCACUGUUCCUCUGUAUUGGUCUGUCCAUAAAACUCCACAGGUUCCAGAAUUCAUAGGGAGGCUGCGGCACCAUCCGGUCAGAGACUCUGGGGUGACUGCAUGACCACAGGACAUCUCAGCCUUGAGGACAGUGGUGUCAUCAUCCAGGGCUAACACAACAAAAAGGGAAAUAUAAACAGAUACAUUCUCUCACGCAAUAAUUGAAACAUCUGAACAGCCAACGUGGUCUGGACACUACGCAGACUUUUAGCACAAUGGGAAAGAUCUACCAGGUCACAGUGAUUGGAUUCAGAGGGGAAAAAAUGGUGAUCGACCUGAGCAAUACAGAGGAACAGAUGAAGAGUAUGACAGUACUGCAGCUGAAAAAGAAAAUUUCUGAAAGGCUUCCGGGGAACUCAGGGGAAGAUCUGGAGACCCUUCGACUGAUCUUUACCAACAAACAGCUUGAGGACUCAUCCACGCUCUCCUCGUAUGCGAUCCAACACCAGUCUAUCAUCCAGCUAGUGAUGAGGGUGCCUGGGGGACGGAGACAUUGACGAAUGGACAGAAGAGAGCCUUCAUGUAGGCUACCUGAUUACUGCCUUUUAAAAAUAUAUAUAUUAAGAGUUAUUAGACUGCGGUCGAAGAGUUAUAUAUAUUUUUUGAACUAUUGUUGAAUUCUGCGGUUUACUUGUAGCAGCUGCCAGCCUACGCAACACAAUUUGCCUGUAUUUGUAUGUAUUUUAAAAAAUAAAUAAAUGUAAUUGCCAAAAUAAUUGUAAUUCAUGUUAAUCAGUUAUAACCUUUUAUUAAAAUAAACAUGUGGCCAGA